ACUGAGUCGAUGUGCAGGGUAUGAGGUAAUUGAGGUAGAUAUGUGAAUGUAUGUAUGGAUAAAGUGACAAGACAACAGGAUAAUAAAAAUUGUAGUUUUCAUAAUUGGUCCUAAAUAUUUUUUACAUCUCAUAAAUAACUUAUGGCCUUUUCUUGCUGGCACAAUAUCAUUUUAAUCACUGUCCAAUGUUAUCUUAUUAUUCAACUAAUUAUUACAAUGUGUUGAAAUGCAAGCUUUUAUUUUGAAGGUUUCCUCAUUACCAUAUGGAAGUGGCAUCUUUGUUUGUGCUGCUGGCAGAAUUGAACUGUGCUGUUGCCUGAACAUAAAACCAUGGGAGAUCUAGGGCAGAAACAACAGAAACUGGAUACAUUUUUGAAGAAGAUUACUAGUCCAAGUAAUACUUCAAACAACCAACAACAAACUCCUGACCAAUCUCCAGGAGCUGAUGCCAAGGGUAAAUCCUCGGACAACCAGCCAGGAACAUCUCGCCAAUCUCAGGAUCCUCAUAUCAAGAAAGAAGCACAUGAUGAAAGCCAUUCUUUCCGAUACCGCUUCGGAUACCAACAACGCAGAGUUACAUGCCAUACUCAUGGAACGGUCCUGGAUGCACUGCGAACAAGCACGGAGUUCAAGAAUACGACAAAGAUAAGACAGGGGAUGGAAAUUGUCAUCCAAAGAGAGAAAGAACCACGGGCAGCUGUCAGUACACAUUUCCCCUGUCAUUUAAUUGAUAACAAUGAGCUACUGACAGUCAGCUUCAUCAGACUUCUAAACGGUGGUUCUUCAGAUACCCGGGGCCUUAACAAACAGAGUAACCCACCAAAAAUACAACCUGACAAGUUGAUGACUUUCUGUGUUGAAACUGAGGGUGGACAAAAUAUUAAAACGAAAGUAAUGAAAAACCCAGAGCUAAAGAAGAAAGUGAAGUAUGUUUGUGUGUACUGCUACAAAGGGGAAAAGGUGAAGCAAGCCUUGAGGAGAGAUGGGAGAUUUGAUAAAACCGUCUUGAAAACACGCUGUGUUCUUUCUGAGCCAGAGACCAGUGUCGACACAGAGAUGUCCCAGCCAGUUGAUGGUCUUGAUGGGAAAAGUCAUCAAGGUCGUAAAGGUGAAAUGUUGAUUGUGAAGGUGAAACGUAUCGGUCGUGUAUCUCAGCCACAACCAGAUAGUCUUGAGGAUUGGGACAACACACCAACUGAAGAGCUGUCCGUCCCCUCUGGUGUAACAUCGGAAGCAGCUCUCUCUCCUCAGAAUCCUACCACAACAGACACGGUUAAAACACAGUUGCAGUCAAAAGAGGCAGGAAAAGAUGGUAGUUAUCUGGUAGUGAAGCAAAAACGGCAAGAGAUUCCAAACUCUAAAGAGAUCCUAAACAUCCUGCGUUCCCAAUAUGCAGGUUUGGUAGAUCACUUGAAAGAGAGAGAGAAUUUGAAAAAGCCUUCAGACGUGCAACAAUUCUUAAGAGUAGAGUUUGGAAAGAAAACACAGAGCUUCCAAGAGGUGAAGAAAGUGAAGAGACUAAUGGAGCUGAGUGCUUCUGUUUGUCAGGUGAGAAUUGAAGGGAAUGCAAAAGGAACUGGCUUCCUUCUGUUUGAAAAGUUCAUCCUUACAAACGCCCAUGUUGUCCAUCAAAUCUAUGAGCCGAUAACUAACAAGCUGCAACAAUCGGUAACAGUCACGUUUGACUUUGAAGACCUGGAUGAGAGAACGCAGCAGAUACCAGUGCAAAGUGAGGUUGUAGCCUAUGGAAAAGUUGAUUCUGGGGAUCUUGACUUCGCUCUGCUGGAGCUUAGCUCAGAUCCUGACAUCACCUUGCCUUCAAGCUUGAUUGACACCUUCAGCUUUCCGUCUCUAAAGGGUGGAAUCUGCAUCAUCGGCCACCCCGAGGGUGGGGUGAAACAGAAAGACCCCUGCUUUAUCAUUCAACAUGGAGAUCGUAAACGAGCUGUAGAAAAACAUGUAAGAGAAAAUAAGGAAUUCUUAUAUGUCAUAAACAACAGAUAUUUUGAGGAGAAAUGGGACAUCGACACACAUCUACCGAGGGACACAGAAAAGAUUACCUAUGACACCUGUUUCUUCCACGGUGCCUCUGGCUCUCCAGUCUUCAAUGAGUACUGCCAGCUGAUCGCUAUGCAUACAGCAGGCUACUCCUACCAGGGUAAAAGAGGGAAAACCCAGAGUGUCAUAGAGUAUGCCAUUCCGCUGUCAGGCAUACUUGAGGAGAUCAUCAUUCAAGCGGUGCGUAGGAAAAGGGUUGAUGUGCUACAGGGAUUCCUGAGCCAGAGGAGUAUGAAAUUAGACGUAGUGAUGGAAAGAGUCAAGGCACAGUCUGAUAAUGCCAGCCUGGUCAAGGCAUUUCAGGAGAAGCUGCCGGUCAACAGUAACUCUUCGGCUACAGAUCAGGGAACCUUCCACCAGUUCCUCUUUGAUAAAGCCACAGGGGUCGACGUCACAGGGGUCGACGUCACAGGGGUCGAAGCCAUGGAGGUGGAUGAUAUCUAUGACAAUUGAAAAAAAUGCCCAGUUGUCAUAUUUAAGUAAAAUAAAAAAAAGAUACAUAAAUUAUAUAUAAUAUAGAAAGUUACUCAAAAGGUGAAUGUCACCCAGGAAAAUAGUACUGAAGUCUAAAAAGAUUUGAUUCUAAAUGUACUUUAGUAUCAAAAGUAAAAGUGUAAAUCAUCUCAAAUUUCUUACGUUAAGCAAAGCAGACGGCACCAUUUUCUUGUUUUGAAAAUGUAUGGAUCGCCAGGGGCACACUCCAACACUCAGACAACAUUUACAAACGAUGCAUUUGUGUUUAGUGAGUCCUCCAGAGCAGAGGCUAAAAGGGACCAGGGAUGUUCUCUGUUUAGUGAGUUCACCAGAUCAGAGGCAGUAGAGAUGACCAGGGAUGUUCUCUGUUUAGUGAGUUCACCAGAUCAGAGGCAGUAGGGAUGACCAGGGAUGUUCUCUGUUUAGUGAGUCCUUCAGAUCAGAGCCAGUAGGGAUGACCAGGGAUUUCUCUGUUUAGUGAGUCCUCCAGAUCAGAGGCAGUAGUGAUGACCAGGGAUGUUUUCCUGAAUUUGACUAUUUUCCUGUCAAAAUGUAAUGAGUACUUUUGUGUGUCAGGGAAAAUGUAUGGAGUAAAAAGUACAUAGUUUUCUUUAGGAAUGUAGUGAAGUAAAAUUCAAAGUCUAAACUGUAUCAUUAUGUUUUCAUAUAUUAAUUAGUUUAUUUCAUGAUUACAUUCCUCAAUACAGACCUGUUCUUAGGCAGAUCAUGAUUACAUUCCUCAAUACAGACCUGUUCUUAAGCAGAUCAUGAUUACAUUCCUCAAUACAGACCUGUUCUUAGGCAGAUCAUGAUUACAUUCCUCAAUACAGACCUGUUCUUAGGCAGAUCAUGAUUACAUUCCUCAAUACAGACCUGUUCUUAGGCAGAUCAUGAUUACAUUCCUCAAUACAGACCUGUUCUUAGGCAGAUCAUGAUUACAUUCCUCAAUACAGACCUGUUCUUAGGCAGAUCAUGAUUACAUUCCUCAAUACAGACCUGUUCUUAGGCAGAUCAUGAUUACAUUCCUCAAUACAGACCUGUUCUUAGGCAGAUCAUGAUUACAUUCCUCAAUACAGACCUGUUCUUAGGCAGAUCAUGAUUACAUUCCUCAAUACAGACCUGUUCUUAGGCAGAUCAUGAUUACAUUCCUCAAUACAGACCUGUUCUUAGGCAGAUCAUGAUUACAUUCCUCAAUACAGACCUGUUCUUAGGCAGAUCAUGAUUACAUUCCUCAAUACAGACCUGUUCUUAGGCAGAUCAUGAUUACAUUCCUCAAUACAGACCUGUUCUUAGGCAGAUCAUGAUUACAUUCCUCAAUACAGACCUGUUCUUAGGCAGAUCAUGAUUACAUUCCUCAAUACAGACCUGUUCUUAGGCUUCUACUAUUGAGUCAAAUAAACCUGAGAUCUUUCCAUGGGAAUUGUAGUUUAACAUACGCUAGUCUGACAUGAUUGUAUUGUUUUCUGCCAAGGAGACGUACUGUAACCAUUGUUUGUUUUAAUCUUCAAUAUAAAAGCCCAGGAGAAGCUUUUCUACUGUA